GCAACCGUUGGUUUGACCCUCAUCGCGCACCGUAGUUACGAGUCCGGAAAUAUGGACCUCAGGAAGAGAAGAAAGUUGCCUCAUAAGUAAAGUAAUGAUGAGGUUUUCGUCAGAAACUAAAGCACAAGGCUCUUGCAAGCUGUUGAUUUUCACAAAAGUAAGGAAGGACUAAAGUGUGUGUAUCCUGAAAAAAGUCAGAAUGACUGCUGAGGAUUCAGGCACCGAGGUGGACAUUUGGUCCUCCGUCCGCUGCCUGGGUUAUCUGUCCAGUGUAAACCUGUUGGUGGCUGUGUGUUUGGGAAUGUAUGUACGAUGGGAGCAUACGUCCGAACCUACAAUCCUAGUCAUCUUCAUUCUAGGUCUGUUUGUGUUGGGCCUCUCCAGCAUUCUCUAUUAUUACUUCUCUAUGGAGUGGGCCAGCCUGAGCCUGUUCCACCUCUGGUUCGGCUUUCUGCAGGGUCUGCUGUGCUUCCUAAACAGCUCUUCCCUCGAGAGUGACAUAAAGGAGCAAGUGACGAACUACCUGCUACUAGCCAGCGUUGUCAUGCGAUCUCUGUGGGCGCUGACAGACCGCCUGUGUGGAAGCACCAGUUAUCAGAGCGUAGUCCUAACAUCAGCAGAAGCUCUGGAGCUCCUGGGGUUUGCCAUAGCCAGCACCACUAUGGUCCUCAACAAGUCAGCGGCAAUUAUCGCACUUAUGGUUGCUCUAGGCACUAUUAUUGUAGACCUACGCAUGAAGUCUCUCUUGGCUCUUCCCAAUCUCAUCUGCUUUUCUGUAGUCACCACCAUCACCUUCUUCCAGGCUCUACAGGUCCAGGCCAACCCGUUUGCUCUGGGCUGUUUCCUUGGACGGCUCAUUUUUGAACCCCUGAUAGACUUGUACUUCAGCAACCUGUCUGUGACUGAGCGAUGGAUGCCCUUUUUGUUAGCAGGCAGGCUGUGGCGAAGACUCUCUCUCUUCCCACUGAGCAUUGUGGAGCUGAUGUUCUUUGUGCUUUGUGCUUUGAAACUGGGAUUCCUGGAGUUCUGGUACCUCGUUAUACCUGGAUUUUGUGUGUUUGGCCUCUUUUGGGUGCUUUGCCACAUGGUGUUUCUGGUCACGCUUUGGGGCUUCCACACCAAGCUGAGUGAGUCCCAGAAGGUUCUGGCUGCCCAGCGCUCAGACAGGAGCAGUCUAGACAGGAUCAUGGCCUCCAGGGGGGUACGCCAUUUCUGCCUCAUUUCUGAACGCCUGCUGUUUUUCUGCCUGCUUUCGACUGUCAUCCUGGGGGCCGUGUCAUGGCAGCUUUCUAAUGCACUCUUCAUGAGCAUGUUCCUGGUGGUGCUCUCAAUGGAGUCUCUAGCACACGGGCUUUUCCAUGAAUUGGGCAACUGUCUGGGAGGAACCUGUGUGGGCUACGCAGUGGUUAUUCCAACCAGUUACUGCAGUGCGGAUGGUCAGCCUGUACUGCUUCCUCCGGAACAGGUGCAGGAGAUGAACCUGCGAUCCACUUCAACACUCAAUGCCGUCCAGCGCCUUUUCUCACACCACCUAAUCCAGACAUUUGGCUGUGACUACUCCACCAGCGGACUGAGCCUGGACACCCUCCAAGCUAAACUGCGCUCCUUCCUGGACCUGCGCACUGCUGAUGGCCCCCGGCAUGACAACUACCUCAUCUACUACAGUGGACACACUUUGCCCACAGGAGACUGGGCUCUUACAGGUGGGGAAAGCUUGCAUCUUGGGCAGAUACUCAAUUGGUGGAAGGAGCGCAACAUUGGCUUCUCGUCCCGCCUCAUUCUGGUCCUGGAUACAGAGAACUCUGGGCCAUGGGUAAAGGCAGUGAGGAAGGUGGAGGGGCUUUACGUGGCUGUGCAGGGAGCUGAAAUAAAUUCGAGGAGGGAUGCCGAGAGCCAAGACGCCCCUCGCCUGGGAGACUUUACCUCGGAAUGGGUGGAUUACAACUGUGAACCAGAGAGUGGCAUACAGUGGGCAGAGAGAGGGCGUCUCCUCACAGCCGUUUACGGAGUGUCCAAAUGUUGGAGUGACUACAGGCUCCACCUGCCGACUGGCAGUGACAUGGAGAAGCACUGGAAGACCCACUUCCCCCGUGUUACUUACCCACUGGUGGCUGUGGCUAACUGGUGCUGUGGGCUGAAUCUGUUGUGGCUCUGCGGUGUCUGUCUGCGCUGUUUCCGGAGGCUUAAAAUGGGCUGGUUUCCCCCUGCCAUCCUCGACACAGGGCAGGGUAUCAAACUUGUAAGAUCAUAGAUCUUGCUAUGACCUCUGCAACAUUUUGACAUGACUUGCACCUUAUUUUAUGUGCCUUUUCUUUUCUUGGUUUAACUGCUCAUUAUAUCUAUUUAAUUUUGUUUCUUGGAGGUCACUGUGCACAGUCUAAAUUUGGUGUCUGCAUUGCCCUUUUCCUUUGUAGUUAUAUUUUCUGGACCGGGGAUGCAUUGAUGCAGAAAUUCUAAGCCAGUGCUGAUAAUUGAUCUACCAGCACUAUUGCUCAAAUAAGUAAUAAAUACCUAGAAAAUAAAUGUUAACGAAACAGGCUUAGCAACGUAAAUGUUUAAAAACAACAACAAAGUGUUGUCUUAAUAAGCUUUCAUGCAGAUAGCUGUAAGUGUAUUAAGUAUUUAAAGACAAUACACUUCAUGAUAUUCAUACUAAAUGUCAGUGGAGUUACAAUAUUCACUCUAUACUGUUAUUAUUUUAUGCCAAUACCAUCAUUUUUUCUGAGUGUCAUAUUUUAUACUCUACAGCUAGCUUUUUAAGUGCCUUUGACUUUAUGCUUCCAUGUGAACAGGUAAAAGGUGGUUAUUUCAAUGAAAGUGCCUCUUUCAAUGAGCAGAUAUGGAAAUUAUGCUGUAGGAAACCUAUUUUUAAUUCACAAUGCCUGUUUAGCCUCACUGAUGACACUCUUGGCAGAACAGGAACUGAUGGCUGUGAUUGGUGUGGCAUGUAGUGUGGAGUUCUCUCUGCUCAUUAUUGCCUCACUAUACAUUGAAUGGACUUUGACACUGGGUACAGGCUCUCACUUUGUCCCAGCGGCUUUUUCACUGUACAGAAACACACUUGCUUUGUACAGGUUUUGGUGCUUCAGCUAAUGUAUUCUCCUUUGACAUUAAUAAAUGUUUUAUGUAAAUAUA